UGCCAGAUCUGAAACAUCUAAGGAGGAUGGAGAAAAGUUCUAGAUAGUAUCUUUGCUGGCUAAAGAAGUUAAGACAGCAUCUAAGAGAAGUUAAGGAGCCAGUCGUGACGGCUCACGCCUGUUAUCCCAGCACUUUGGGAGGCUGUGGCAGGCGGAUCACCUGAGAUCGGGAGUUCAAGACCAGCCUGACCAACAUGGAGAAACCCCGUCUCUACUAAAAAUACAAAAUUAGUUGGGCAUGGUGGCGCAUGCCUGUAAUCCCAGCUACUUGGGAGGCUGAGGCAGGAGAAUCGCUUGAACCCAGGAGGUGGAAGUUGUGGUGAGCCAAGAUCGCGCCAUUGCACUCCAGCCUGGGCAACAAGAGCAAAACUCCAUCUCAAAAAGAAAAAAAAAAAAAAGAAGAAGAAGUUAAGUUAGCAUAGUGCCUUACUGCGCCCAAAGUAACUUAGUAAAAGGAUAACGAAGGAGGCCCAACUUCAUUCAAUAAGGAGCCUGACGGAUUUAUCCCAGACGGUAGAACAAAAGGAAGAAUAUUGAUGGAUUUUAAACCAGAGUUUUAAAAGAGCUUGAGAAUACGGGGAAAUUAAUUUGUUCUCCUACACACAUAGAUAGGGUAAGGUUGUUUCUGAUGCAGCUGAGAAAAAUGCAGACCGUCAAAAAGGAGCAGGCGUCUCUUGAUGCCAGUAGCAAUGUGGACAAGAUGAUGGUCCUUAAUUCUGCUUUAACGGAAGUGUCAGAAGACUCCACAACAGGUGAGGAGCUGCUUCUCAGUGAAGGAAGUGUGGGGAAGAACAAAUCUUCUGCAUGUCGGAGGAAACGGGAAUUCAUUCCUGAUGAAAAGAAAGAUGCUAUGUAUUGGGAAAAAAGGCGGAAAAAUAAUGAAGCUGCCAAAAGAUCUCGUGAGAAGCGUCGACUGAAUGACCUGGUUUUAGAGAACAAACUAAUUGCACUGGGAGAAGAAAACGCCACUUUAAAAGCUGAGCUGCUUUCACUAAAAUUAAAGUUUGGUUUAAUUAGCUCCACAGCAUAUGCUCAAGAGAUUCAGAAACUCAGUAAUUCUACAGCUGUGUACUUUCAAGAUUACCAGACUUCCAAAUCCAAUGUGAGUUCAUUUGUGGACGAGCACGAACCCUCGAUGGUGUCAAGUAGUUGUAUUUCUGUCAUUAAACACUCUCCACAAAGCUCGCUGUCCGAUGUUUCAGAAGUGUCCUCGGUAGAACACACGCAGGAGAGCUCUGUGCAGGGAAGCUGCAGAAGUCCUGAAAACAAGUUCCAGAUUAUCAAGCAAGAGCCGAUGGAAUUAGAGAGCUACACAAGGGAGCCAAGAGAUGACCGAGGCUCUUACACAGCGUCCAUCUAUCAAAACUAUAUGGGGAAUUCUUUCUCUGGGUACUCACACUCUCCCCCACUACUGCAAGUCAACCGAUCCUCCAGCAACUCCCCGAGAACGUCGGAAACUGACGAUGGUGUGGUAGGAAAGUCAUCUGAUGGAGAAGACGAGCAACAGGUCCCCAAGGGCCCCAUCCAUUCUCCAGUUGAACUCAAGCAUGUGCAUGCAACCGUGGUUAAAGUUCCAGAAGUGAAUUCCUCUGCCUUGCCACACAAGCUCCGGAUCAAAGCCAAAGCCAUGCAGAUCAAAGUAGAAGCCUUUGAUAAUGAAUUUGAGGCCACGCAAAAACUUUCCUCACCUAUUGACAUGACAUCUAAAAGACAUUUCGAACUCGAAAAGCAUAGUGCCCCAAGUAUGGUACAUUCUUCUCUUACUCCUUUCUCAGUGCAAGUGACUAACAUUCAAGAUUGGUCUCUCAAAUCGGAGCACUGGCAUCAAAAAGAACUGAGUGGCAAAACUCAGAAUAGUUUCAAAACUGGAGUUGUUGAAAUGAAAGACAGUGGCUACAAAGUUUCUGACCCAGAGAACUUGUAUUUGAAGCAGGGGAUAGCAAACUUAUCUGCAGAGGUUGUCUCACUCAAGAGACUUAUAGCCACACAACCAAUCUCUGCUUCAGACUCUGGGUAAAUUACUACUGAGUAAGAGCUGGGCAUUUAGAAAGAUGUCAUUUGCAAUAGAGCAGUCCAUUUUGUAUUAUGCUGAAUUUUCACUGGACCUGUGAUGUCAUUUCACUGUGAUGUGCACAUGUCUGUUUGGUGUCUUUUUGUGCACAGAUUAUGAUGAAGAUUAGAUUGUGUUAUCACUCUGCCUGUGUAUAGUCAGAUAGUCCAUGCGAAGGCUGUAUAUAUUGAACAUUAUUUUUGUUGUUCUAUUAUAAAGUGUGUAAGUUACCAGUUUCAAUAAAGGAUUGGUGACAAACACAGAA